AGGACAACGAGAUCGUUGACGCCAUUGCACAGUCAGUGGACGGCUUGCUGCUACCAGAAGUGGCCAAGCCCCUGCUGCUGCGUUUCGGAUGGCGGCAGCGGGACAUGGAGGAGCAAGAGGAUGCGUCCUUCACGCUGUGGGACCCGCCAGAGGUCGCUCCUGUACAUAGCUUUCUGCAGCUCGGCAUUCAGCCGCCCCCGCCAAGCCCCCCUGGACUCACGGAUUCCGUGUGGUCGGUCAUCAUCUCCUUCGAUGCAGAGCUGCCCUUUGAGUUGGUGUGGCAGUCUGUCGAGCUGGACGUGAAGAACGCCUUCACCAGCGUGUCCAACAAGUGGUCAGAGAUUGGCUGGCCGGGCGGGGAGCAGGAGAUGCUCGAAGCCGUCCACAAGGCGGUCGCAGAGCACGGCGAGGCAGCUGUAGCGCGGGGGCUUACGCACAGCUCCGCCACCCGCAUCGCUGAGCGGCUCAUGGUGGCGGUGGCGUGCCGGGUGGUCGCCGAGCCGGAGAUGGCCGCCCAAGGUGCCAGCACCCAGCGAAAGAAGACGAACCUCCGAGAGUUGGUGGAGAUCAAGACAGAGGACGCCUGGAUGCCGGCGGUGCUGGUGCAACAAGAGCCCCAGAUGCUCUACGUGUCUUUGAGCACCGGCGCCUUAGCCACCGGUCAGCACCGAAGCGUCACCGCCUUCGAAGGGCCCCGGCUCUACCCAGUGCCGCCGGCGGAGGCAAACGUGCAGACCAGAGCCGACUUCCAGUCGCUGGAGCGUGGCGCGGAGUCCUCACGCAUCACUCGGCGCUUUAACGUGGACUGCCCCGCGACGCCAUCCAUGCCAUCACCUCCGCGGGGUGGCAAGCCGCUGCCGAAGCCCUCGCUGGCCUACCAUCUUGGAAGCUCCUCAGGCACCACCGUGAGCGUGCUGCGGGGCAAGGAAGUGAAGGUGGACGGCUGCAGUUGGGUCUCCUCCAGCUGGACCACCGUGGGCCUUCCGGAGCUCAGCAGCAGCGGCAAGGUCUACUAUGAGCUGCACAUCAAGUCCCACGACACCCCACAGAUAGGCUGGGCCUCCGAGAAGUUCCGCUUCUUCGGGGACACCUGGCUCUAUGGGGUCGGGGAUGACCUCGAGAGCUGGGGCGUGGAUGGCGCGCGGCAGAAGAUCUGGCACGGCGGAGAGGCCGGCGUGUAUCCCGUCCAUUGGCCGAAGGAGGUGGUUGUGGGCUGUGCCGCGGACGUGGCCAGCGGCUCUUUGCUCUUCAGCUGCGACGGGACUUGGUCCUCCGCCACCUUCACGGGCGUGCAGUGCGCCUGCUUGUACCCGGCGGUGUCGGGCCAGAUGACGGCGGCCUUUAAGAUCCGGCCCCAGGAGUGGAAGUACGCUCCUCCCGACGCCUCCUUUCGGGCUCUCUCCGCCGGAGCCCCGUGCCCGCAGCCGGCGCCGCCCGUGCGCUUUCCGGAUGACUGGGCUUUGGCCAAAGGCUUGCAGCACCUCGCCGAGCGCCAAAAGGUGGAUUUGCUCACCACGCUUCAUCUCUCGUGCUCGGUGGUCCUGCCAUCUGUCGAGGACUUGUCAGGUUCCUCCAGCGCGGGGGCGGAAGUCCCAGUGAGCGAUGCUUCGGAUGAGCUCUUUGGCUUUGUCCUCGAUGCGGACGGCCAGCCCAGAGCGGGUGAAGAGUGGAUAGAGGAGACGCUGCGUGCGCUGCAGCUGGGCACUCACACGGCGGCCGGCGCGGCCCUGCGCCUGCUGUGGCAAGGGGACGCGGAUGUGCAGUCCCGGCGUCUCUCCGCCAAGCUGCAGGACCUCUGCUCACACCAGGUGACGCUUGUCAGCGAUAGCAUGCCCUCCUGGGUCUUACGGCUGGGCACUAUGAUGCCUCAGCUCUUUGACCGCCAUAGUCGGGAGGUGCUGCUGAGGUCCUCCGCCUUUGGUCUGCCAUUCGCGGUUCACGACCGGCAGACACGGGAGGUGGACCGGCGCUACAGCGAGGUCAUGAAGGCGGCGGAGGGCCGUGUGGCCCAGGCGAAGAACCUGGGGGAUCAGCGGGCGCUGUCGCAAGCCUAUGAGCACCUCUUUGAGCUCACCAAGCAGAUCUCUCAGGAUCCCGAGGUCUGGAUCGGCUCGUUGACCUCGGAGCUGGCCAAAGUGGACAGGGAACGCAUCUGGGAAGAAGCCACCGCCCUGGCGGAGUACUGUGUCUCCUCCACUGGUGUGGUCGAGAUCCAGUUUAAGGAUGAGACGGGCUUCGGGCGCGGAGUAACGCAAGGCUUCUUCAGCGAUGUCGCCAAAGAGCUGCAGCGCUCCUCCAACAACAGCGACGUGCCCAUGUGGGCUCAAUGCCUGGAGUCGGAGGGUGAGUUCCUCCGCAGCCGCAGGGGACUCAUUGUGCAGCCUUUGGACGGAGAGGAGUCCCGGCUACCGGAGGUGCUGCAGAGGUUCCGGUCCCUAGGGCGGCUUCUAGCUCUGGCCCUCAGGGAGUCCUUUGUGGUGCCCUUGCCUUUGUCGGCCACGCUGCUGCGACAGCUGCGCGGUGGCAAGGUGGGCUGGGAGCAUUUGCCCCAACCCGGGGACGGGCUCUCCGGGGAGUUCGUGGGAGCCUGUGCUUCCUUCGCUGCUGAUUUACAAGGCCUCAGCCAAGAAGAGAGGCAGCAGCGCGCAGAGGAUCCCGGCUGGGCCGCUCGGUACCUGCAGUCCGCCGAGAGCCACGGGAGCUUCUACGACUGGGCCACGAGCGCGGAGUUCGUGGCCACCGGCUUCGGCGGCCCGGCGCUGCCGGGGGGGAGAAGCGCCACGAGCACCUCCAGCGGCCUGCGCCAGGUCACCCUCGACAGUCUGGAGGACUUUGUGGAAGCGGCGACCUCCUUCUGGUUGGACACCGGCGUACGGCAGCAGGUGCAGGCGCUGCGGAAGGGCGUGUGCGACGUGCUGGGCCGGUCGCGGGCCGGCGCCCUGUGGCUCUUCACGCCGCUGGAGCUGCGAGAGUUGCUCUGCGGGGCGGAGGAUGUCACUUGGACCAGCCAGGACCUCUACGAGCACUUGCACGUGGCCGGGGGUCUGGCGCGAGAGGAUGAGGUCAUGGUCUGGCUCCGGGACGAGCUCUUGGAGAUGAGUCAGGGCCUGCGUGCGCGGUUCCUGGACUUCGCCACGUCGUGCCCUCGCCUGCCCCCGGGAGGCUUGGCCAGUCUGAAAUUGACGGCCUCCCCGUGCGCAGGACGCUUCCCCAGAAGCCGGGCCUGUGCGAACCAGCUGUACCUGCCCAAAUACGAGACACGGGAGGAGCUGCAUGAGAAGCUGACGGAAGCCUUGCUGGCUUGUGAGGGUCACCAUGAAUUGGACCACUGACACCCGCGGAUCAUGUCGUCUUCU